CAGCAUGAGGAGAGCGUGGGCUGCCGGCUGGGUGGCGCUGCUGCUGCUGUUGGCGCUGCUGUGUGACCCCGUGACCCCUAAAGGGGGAAGAGGCGGGGCCAGAGGCUCGGCGCGGGGGACGUCCCGAGGGGGGCGUGGCCGUGCGGGCGUGCGCACCUCCCCCGUGCGGGUGGCGGGAGCGGCAGCGGCGGGCGCGGCGGUCGCCUUGGCGGCGGGAGGGUGGUACGCGUCGGCUCAGAGGCGGCCGGACGACAGUGCGGAGAGGAGCGAUGACCAGUACGCCAACCGCACCGAGUGGGACUUCUACCGGACCUCGGGCGCCGCCCCCUCCACACGCCUCCUCGCCAAGCUGUGGUCAGUCCUGCUGUCAAUCAACACACUGGCCUACGCCCACCUCUGAGGCUAUAGCUGCUAUCUCACAGCUCGAUAAGCUAAAGCUAACCAACAUUACGUAUCUGUGCAAUAAACCCACUAGAAAACACAUUAGAGCAGAUUUAGUACAUGAGCUGAUGUGUGACUGAGAGAGCAGUUUAGACAGAAGAUGUGUGUGUGUGUGUGUAUCUGUGUGACUGAGAGAGCAGUUUAGACAGAGGAUGUGUGUGUGUGUGUAUCUGUGUGACUGAGAGAGAAGUUUAGACAGAAGAUGUGUGUGUGUGUGUGUGUAUCUGUGUGACUGAGAGAGAAGUUUAGACAGAAGAUGUGUGUGUUUGUACCUGUGCGACUGAAAGAGCUGUUUAGACAGAAGAUGUGUGUGUGUACCUGUGUGAGUGAGAGAGAAGUUUAGACAGAAGAUGUGUGUGUGUGUACCUGUGUGAGUGAGAGGGCAGUUUAGACAGAGGAUGUGUGUGUGUGUGUGUGUAUCUGUGUGACUGAGAGCUUUUUAGACAGAGGAUGUGUGUGUGUGUGUGUAUCUGUGUGAGUGAGAGAGAAGUUUAGACAGAAGAUGUGUGUGUGUUUGUACCUGUGUGACCGAGAGAGUAGUUUAGACAGCUGUGCAUGCGACAGGAGGAGUUCCAGGUGAGAGAGAUGUGCAGUGUUUAGGCUGAAGGUGCCAGGGCUGCUGGGAAAUGUAGUGUUUAGGCUGAAGGUGCCAGGGCUGCUGGGAAAUGUAGUGUUUAGGCUGAAGGUGCCAGGGCUGCUGGGAAAUGUAGUGUUUAGGCUGAAGGUGCUGGGAGGCAGCAGGCUAUAGGCUCUCGGCUCUUCUGCAUCACUACAGCCACACUCAGACCAGUGUUACCUGUGCUCACCUGAGAGACUCACCUGUGCUCAGGUCACCACACACCUGACGUGCACUGUUAAGAUCCCACAGAUCUUCCGAACUUCCUCCACUCUCGAAAAGACGCCAACAAAAGCUCCACCACUGACUUCCACAUUGCCUCAGAAUCAGGAGCUUGUGAGGUCCCGUUCAUAUCCAGCGCCACACACACACACACACACACACACACACACACACACACACACACACACACACACUUGUCUCUUAGCUCCACCCUACACUGUAAGUGAUCUGUCUUGUAAGUAACUCUUUGUAAGCAUAUACAGAUAGAAUUUGAGCUACAACUUUUGAAAAACACGCUUGAAAUAUUUAUAAAGUACUGUAUAGGUAUUUCCUACAUGCAAUUUGUAAGAUUUUUUGAUUGCAGACAUCUCAAGGUCAUCUCAAAAUUUGAGAAAUUAAGAUAACAAAGCUAUGGACCUGGUGAAUUAAACCAGAUAAGUAUUUGUAUUAUAAAUAUUUUGAUAGAUAAUCUGGAUCUCUGUAUUGUAUAUUGAAACAAUGCAAACUAGGACACUUAUAGAACUUACUGUUUUCCUCUGUUGACUGUUGUCCAAUGGGAAAUGUUUUUGUAAGUUUGUGUGUUGUCGUAUUUGAUCUAAUGAUUGCUGUCGAUUCCAUUCCAUUAUUGUUACUAUUGUUAUAAUUAUUGUUAUUGUUGACCAAGUGUUUGUAAUUUUCCUGCUCCUCUAAAACGUUGUUCUUAAAUUGCUGUGAAAAUAUCCGAUCGGAUUGUGGAAUUGUAUAUGGUAACCUAAGCAACAUCAGUGGGAAUCUAAAUGAAUUUACCUGUUUACGAAGCAUUCUGUAUAAUUAAACAUCAAAGUACACACAAUAUGAAAAU